CUGUUCUCAUCACCAUCGCAAGCAUAUGGAAGCAUGCUGUCUCAAAUGGACCAAAUUGCCGGGAUAGUGAUCGUGAAUUUUCAUUGGGUCCAUCAAAUGUCUCUUGCAGGUGGAAGUUGACAAACAUGGCCAUGAGCGCCUAUAAAAAGAGGCCGUCUAACUGCAAUCUGUUGAUUUCAAUUCCUCUCCAACUCAACGACGACAUGCAAGUUCCCUCCCUUCUUACCAUGAGUAUGCCGACCAGAUAUCCUUCCGAGGACAUGAACGAACAGCCGUCUUUUCUGCUUCCAUUGCCCACAGAACUGGUCGAGAGGAUUGCUCGUCACGCAGACGAUGCUUUCCCUAAAGAGCGUCCUCUCUCAAGGCUUCGCUCCACUUGCAAACAACUAUGCAAUCAAGUCUCUCCCGAAUUCGCCAAACGCUAUCUAUCCGAGCCUUUCAUCAUGAUGUCCCGCUACAGCUUGCAGACCUUGAUCUCCAUCUGUGAACAUCCUAUUUUCGGUCCCUAUGUCCGCAAGGUUCGGCUGCAAGCUUUUCCGCAGUUCGUUCGAGAGGCCAGAAACACAAAUCGCUUCCUGAAAACAGUGGCGUCCCAUCUGCGCUAUUAUCCGAAUCUUUUGCGGUUGAAUCCACGAGUUCACGCCGACAUCAAGAGCAUCGUCGAGGAAGAUGCCCUACUUCGGUCUUCUGGAGAAGCCAUCGAGCUUCUGAGUACCGCUUUCAAGUCCUUGGCCACUUACCAGACACCUAUCGUCCUGGUCUCUGAAAUUUACGGCGUGUCCGAGAAAGCAGAAGCAGAGACAGAGGCACAGGCACAUGCACCGCCUAUUGGCCAUAAUGCAAGUAUCAUGGAUCCCUUGUUUGAAGUACGACGUGGCUUAGACUAUGAUAACGCUGACUGUACACCUGCUCUUCUAUAUCUGAUACGGGCAGCAAGCAAGACUGGCUGUAACGUCACAGGCAUGGACAUACAUCAUUGUGAUGCAAACGGCUUAGAAUCGUUUUCUGGCUUGCCUUUGAGCUCUGAUGAGACGAAAUUGCUUUGUGGUAUACGCAACACCUCUAUCACGAUCGAUGGCGCAUAUCACAAUCCUGAGACUGUAGGCUGUUUGAAACACUUUCUCGCUCAUGUGAGGAACACCACCCAGAUGAGCUUCCAUACCUUCUGCCACGUUCAACAUCGCGACUACCAAUGCGAGCAUCUUGGCCACCUUCUUCGCCCCACUUAUCUACCCAAACUCCAGUCCUUAAAGCUGGAUGGUUUUGUGACGUCCUCAAACGACCUCAAGGAUUUUCUGGCAAGGCAUAAAGGCACACUCAGAGAAAUCGAUAUCACGAACAUCAUGAUCUUCGAUGACUGGGCCAAAGAUGGUCCUUUGAGAGAAUUGUUCGCUUGGGUCAGAGACGAGCUCACUUUGAAGCGCGUUCUCAUCGGAGGGAUCUACGCAGUUUUGAAGGAACAACGAUUGAGGUCUUGGAAUUCGAGGGUACCGUGGCAUGUAGGCAAUCUUGAAUUGGAGGGCGAGAGUGAAAUUCAAUCAGGAUUGACCGAUCUAUGCGACGAGGGCAAGAGGUUGAAGAAGCUGUUUAUGCUCGAGGGAAAUCCGUAUUCGACAGACACAGAGAUUCCCACAUUUGCAGCCAUGUCAGGGCUUCCGGAGCAAGAUUUUAUAGACAACUGGUGCGCUGAUGGUCUUGGGCGUUUCGGCGAUGGCAAUGUAGAUUGAAGAGCAAAGUCAGAGAUUGGCCUCCUCCCGUGAACAAAUCUGGAGGCAUUGAAGUUGGAGCGAUUCAAGAUGCUUUUCGAAUUAAUGCAGUCGUGUGCGAAGAGAGACUUCUUCCGCGGUCCAGUCUCACUUCUUCCCUUAUCUCCUUGGGUCACUAUUGCCUUCCACUCCAACGACCUUCACUUCCGAUACC